CCCCCCUGCCCCUGGGUCGCUCUUUUUAAGCUCCCCUGAGCCGGGGCUGCGCUCCUCUAAUUGGGACUCCGCGCCGGGGCUAUUUCUGGCGCUGGCGCGAUUCCAAGAAGGCAUCCGCAUUUGCUACCAGCGGCGGCGGCGGAGCCAGGCCGGUCCUCAGCGCCCAGCACCGUCGCUCCCGGCAGCCCCGAGCGCGCACCGCAGGCCGGCGGCCGAGCUCGCGCAUCCCAGCAUCACUGUUGACCUCCAAAGUGAAAGAAGAUGAGUGAGUCGAGCUCAAAGUCUAGCCAGCCCUUGGCCUCCAAGCAGGAAAAGGACGGUACUGAGAAGCGAGGCCGGGGCAGGCCACGGAAGCAGCCUCCGGUGAGUCCAGGGACAACGCUAGUAGGGAGUCAGAAGGAACCCAGUGAAGUGCCAACACCUAAGAGACCUCGCGGCCGACCAAAGGGGAGCAAAAACAAGGGUGCUGCCAAGACCCGGAAAACCACCACAGCUCCAGGAAGGAAACCAAGGGGCAGACCCAAAAAACUGGAGAAGGAGGAAGAAGAGGGCAUCUCCCAGGAGUCCUCAGAGGAGGAGCAGUGACCGCACAGUGCCGACUGCUCCCUGGCCAGGAGCAGCUUCCCUCUGGGACUGGACAGCUUCGUUCAGCUCCCACAGCCCCCCUCCCUCCCCCCGCCCCAAACUGCCCCCAGUCCCCAUGUGCCCUCCCCACCGCACACUACAGCACACCAGCGCUGCAGGGCUCCUGUGGCGAGUGGGGAGUGCUUUCCUCCACCUCCCCGCGCCCUUCCCACCCACGCACACCUGCCUCUCCCAGACAAGGCUAACUUCCCACUUAGCCGCAGCGUGCACCUGCUGCGCCCCCACUCCCUUGUGGAGAAAUUGCUCUCUGAGCUCUUGGUUUGGGAACUUGCUCUGCUCCUCCACUGUUGCCUCUAGCUUCCCUUAAAGGGGCCUGGGAGGGCUCCCCUGGCCUUACGGGGGCCCAUGCCCCAUCCAUUUUGACAUGCCCACUCUGGCUAUACUGGCAUCAACAGGGGGUAUUCGUCCCCCAGCCAAACUGUCCCCAGUGGCCCAUACUGCUCUCCCUCACCUCCCCUGCUCCCCUGCACUGGGUUGGACAACCCCUUGUGGGGAACAGGUAAGAGGGCAAGAGGUGGGGCCCCACCCCCCCAGCUUUCCCAUGGGAUCUAGCAUCCCCACUUCUGCUCUAGGCGGUUCCCCUCAUCUGUGGGGCACUAAUAAGGAGCUCGCCCUGCCUACCCCCUCCCUCGCCUGCCCACCCCCCAAGGUUCUGGUUCCAUCUUUUCCUCUGUUCACAAACUACCUCUGGACAGUUGUGUUGAUUUUUUUUGUUCAAUGUUUCAUUCUUAGACAUCAUCAUUGCUGCUGCUACCAGCGCCAAACAUUCAGUUCAUAGCCUCCCAUUCAGCCCACGGUCCCCUCCUCCCCCAGGAUACUUCAUGGGGGAAGGGGGUCUGGGGCACAGCAGGCUGGGUUGCAGACCACCCCAGUCCCAGGGAAGGUGGGGUCCUGCCCCGAGGAUGCUGCAGCUGAGUUGGGGGGGGUCCAUGUUGAUUGUGUGAAGGGUGUAGGGGCCACUGUCUCCCCUUGUCCUGUUGGGGAGGGGUGGCCAUUACUUGUCCCAGCCUGGGGCUCCCCCUUUGGUUUCCUAUUUGCAGUUACUUGAAUAAAAAUAUCCUUUU